CAUUUAUUGACAGUCUUCUUUAUUAUUUCCACGAAUUGCACGAGAUGACAAAGCUUAUAUUAUUAAUUUGUGUGAUUGCACCCGCGGCGCUGGCUUACUGCAGUCGGCGGGCAGCGGAACAGUCCUUCUCAAAGUCGGUAGGCAAGUUCUCUGCAGACUUGGUGCAGAGGCUGGCCCGGAGCACCGACGACCACUUCGUCACUUCGCCCCUGUCCGCGUGGACGCUUUUGGCCUACACGACUCUCGGAGCUUCGGGCACCUCGCUGCAAGAACUAAAUACUGUACUUCGACACAGUUCCCAAAAAAGUUGCGUCAAAAAGUUCUUCCAAAUAACAAAAAACAUUUACUCUCCGAAUGUUGCGACGGGUUUAGAAGGCGCUUCGGCAAUAUUCAUCGAUAAAAACACGCCCGUUAUUGAUAAAUUUCGUAGGAAAGUAAAGGAAGCCGGUGUCGGCGAGGUGGUAGAGGUGUCUGUCGGCGACCAGGAACGCGUCGCGGCGGCGGUCAACGAGCGCGUGAGGUCCGCCACCAACGGUACCAUUGAGAAGAUGGUGGACGCCAACGACUUGGCAGACAUCGCUAUGAUGAUCGUGGACGUUCUCCGAUUUGAAGGCGCCUGGAAAACUCCAUUUCCUACAAAAGAUACGGUAGAGAGGGCUUUCCACGACGAGCUAUCGAACGAAAUCGGCCGCGUCAACCUCAUGACUUUAACCGACUUCUUUAAGGCUUGGAGCAUGGACGAUAUAAACGCGACGGCAGUCGAGGUGCCGUACAAUGAUAGUAAAUUUUCUAUGUAUGUUUUAGUUCCCUACGCAGACACAAAGUUGAGGUAUGUUAUAGAUGCCUUAAACAAGAUCAGUUUAACAAGCAUAAUAGAACGUUUGCAAAAAUCAGAGGUCCAGGAAGUAAUCCUCAGCCUGCCGAGGUUUAAGAUGUCCUCCAACACGGACAACUUGAAGGAGCUCCUGAUGGAGAUGGGACUGAGGGCGAUAUUCGACAGCGGAGAGGCGAGCUUCCCGGGGGUGUCGCAGCGGCCGCUGUACGUGUCGGCGCUGCGGCAACGCGCGACCGUCACCGUGUCGGAGCACGGCACGGCCGCCGCCGCCGCCACCGAGGCCGACUUCUCCUUCAAAAGCUUCCCGCUCACUCUCACCGCUGACAAGCCGUUCUUCUUCGCGAUCGUCGACAAUGAAACACUAAGCCCUGUGUUUGCGGGAGCUUAUUCCAAGCCGAGUAUCUACUGAGCUUAUUCUAUCAACAUUUUAUUUUCCUUUUUUUGUUUAAUUCAUUAUAUUAUAGUCAAUCGUUAUCUUACA